UCCAGAUAUCUAGGGUUUUAUAUAAAACUAGAACCCGCCGCUUCCCUAAAAUCCCUUUCACGCUCUUUCUUCUUCAUUCUUCGAAGAGAGAGCUCACGAAGAGGAAGAGCAAUGGCAUUUGUCAAGGCCCAGAAGUCCAGGGCUUACUUUAAGCGUUUCCAAGUGAAAUACAAGAGAAGAAGAGAUGGGAAGACUGAUUACCGGGCACGUAUUCGUCUUAUCAAUCAAGAUAAGAAUAAGUACAACACCCCGAAGUACCGAUUUGUUGUUCGAUUCACCAACAAGGAUAUUAUUGCACAAAUAACAUCUGCAAGCAUCACUGGUGAUAUGGUUCUCGCUGCAGCUUAUUCUCAUGAGCUACCUCGCUAUGGGCUUAAAGCUGGUCUUACCAACUAUGCUGCUGCCUACUGCACUGGACUUCUGUUGGCUCGCCGUGUUCUCAAGAUGCUUGAAAUGGAUGCGGAAUAUGAGGGGAAUGUUGAGGCUACUGGAGAAGAUUUUUCUGUUGAACCAGCUGAAAGCAGGAGGCCCUUCCGUGCUCUCUUGGAUGUUGGUCUUAUUAGGACAACUACUGGCAACCGUGUAUUUGGUGCUCUUAAGGGAGCACUUGAUGGCGGCCUCGACAUUCCUCACAGUGAGAAGAGGUUUGCAGGUUUCAAGAAGGAUGAGAAGCAGUUGGAUGCUGAAGUUCACAGGAAGUACAUUUUCGGUGGCCAUGUUGCUUCUUACAUGAGGACACUGAUGGAGGAUGAGCCUGAGAAAUAUCAGACUCAUUUUAGUGACUACAUCAAGGAGGGAAUUGAAGCUGAUGACAUGGAAGAGCUUUACAAGAAGGUGCAUGCUGCCAUCCGAGCAGACCCAACUCUGGUGAAAUCCACCAAGGAGCCUCCAAAGGAGCACAAGAGAUACAACUUGAAGAAGCUGACGUAUGAUGAGAGGAAGGCCAGGCUUAUUGAAAGGUUGAAUGCCCUCAACAGUUCUGGAGGUGGUGAUGAUGAGGAUGAAGAUGACGACGAGUGAAGAUCCAGUCAAGAUUAGCUCAAUUUUCAUAGCAUUUUUUUGUAUCAGUUCUGUUUGCUUUCAACUCUACAGCUACUGUUAAAGUCCUUUGUUUUGGCUAGGGGUUAGUGAUAAGCGUAAUAUUAAGUUUGUCUGGACUUGCUUAAUGACAUUUCAAAUUUUGACUGUAGCCAUAAUUCUGGCAUGUUUCGGAAAUUUGAUUAGUUUUCUGAA